CAAAAUUUGACCAGGUUCACUCAACUCCUUUCGAUUUCAACCACCAAACAAAGAAUUUCUAAAUGGAGAACAAAAUCAACACACCUAACUAAAACGCAACACAACACUAAAAACACAGUUACUUGUUCCUACAACAAAUAUUCCAUCUUGAUUUUGCAUUCUCCUCCAAUUCAAAAUCUCAAACCACCGUUACUAUGUCUAAAUUCUCCGAAUUCAAACCACUCAACGAACACACCCUCAUCGAAUACAUCAAAACCAUCCCCACCCUCUCGUCCAAACUCAACAACAGUUUCUCAGACAUAUCCAUCAAAGAAAUCGGAGACGGCAACCUUAACCUCGUCUUCAUCGUUUCCAACUCCACUGGUUCUUUCAUCAUCAAACAGGCUCUUCCUUACGUUCGUUUAGUAGGCGAAUCAUGGAAGAUGACGAAGGAGAGAGCUUAUUUUGAGUCACUGGCGUUGAAAGAGAAGGGAAAACUGUGUCCGGAACAUGUGCCGGAAGUCUAUCAUUUCGAUCGGGUUAUGUCUUUGAUCGGUAUGCGGUAUUUGGAGCCACCGCAUAUAAUUCUCAGAAAAGGAUUGGUUGCUGGUGUUGAAUAUCCUUUGCUAGCUGAACACAUGUCUGAUUUCAUCGCAAAGACGCUUUUCUUUUCGUCUCUGAUUUUUCGUUCUACCACCGACCACAAACGAGACGUUGCUGAGUUUUGCGGGAACGUGGAGUUAUGCAGGCUAACUGAGCAGGUCAUUUUCUCUGACCCUUACAAAGUUUCUGAGCAUAAUCGUUGGACUUCUCCUUAUCUUGAUCGUGACGCCGAGGCUAUUCGAGAAGACAAUCUACUGAAGCUUGAAAUUGCUGAGCUGAAAUCAAAGUUCUGUGAGAGGGCUCAGGCACUACUACAUGCAGAUCUCCACACUAGUUCUGUCAUGGUUACUCGUGAAUCAACUCAAGUUAUUGAUCCGGAAUUUGCAUUUUAUGGACCAAUGGGCUUUGAUAUUGGAGCAUUCCUUGGAAACUUGAUUUUGGCUUUCUUUUCUCAAGAUGGACAUGCUAAUCAAGCAAACGAUCGAAAAACAUAUAAAGAGUGGAUUCUUAAGACAAUUGAAAACACUUGGACUCUUUUCUACUAUAAAUUCACUAAACUUUGGGACGAGCAUAGAGAUGGCGCUGGUGAGGCAUAUCUUCCAGAGAUCUAUAACAAUCCUGAGGUUCAGCUACUUGUACAGAGGAAAUACAUGACCGAAUUGUUUCAUGACAGUCUUGGAUUCGCCGCUGCCAAAAUGAUAAGGAGAAUUGUUGGUGUGGCACAUGUUGAGGAUUUUGAAUCAAUCACUGAUGCUGCUAAACGGGCAACCUGUGAAAAGCAGGCACUUGAUUUUGCUAAGAUGCUUCUCAAAGAAAGAAGAAAAUUUGAGGCCAUUUCUGAAGUUGUCUCAGCAAUUAGGCAAAUUUAGUUUUGACGAUUUUUUUCUUUCUGUAUUAAUAGUUUAGCACCCUCUUUUAUAUUUUGCUGUACCUUAUAAUGAGUGUACAAAACUCGGUUCGGCCUGAGUUGAGUGAAUGAGGAAUGAGGAAUGAGGACGAAAGAUAUCCAAAGAUAUGAUCGAAAGAAGGAAGGGUCGGGUUUUGAUUGACCUUCGUCUAGGCCAACCGCCCCGUCCUAUUUGUUAGUGAGGACAUGCUAAUUUAACCUACUUUUGUCUUAUAUCCUGUCAUUCGGGACAUAAGACAUAAGGCAGAGGAGAUUAAUAAUGUUGUUAAUGUCUAGUAUUCAAAUAGAGAGAUGUUAUUUGAUUAAUAAUGUUUUGGCUGAUUGAACACUAGUUCAGCUUCUUCUUGGAAAAUUUAUUUAUAAUAACUUCUUUUGUUUCUUC